UGUACUCGGUCAGCCCAAACAUGCAAUUUAACGAACCCACGAUGAAACAGUUGGAGUGACAGCGUUUGAGCGGGAGGGGCGUUCUCGUCGCCCUUUCCAGCUGACGACUUGGACAGGCUCCGUGUUUACUUUAGGCGAGUCUGCGGCUGUGCAGAGUUUGAAUGGUGCUGCUCUCGGAUUUGUCCUGUGCGUUGUCUCCGUUCCGUGGUUUUAAUCCCAGAUUGGCUCAUGGCAGCGAUGGAAUGUCGCGUUUUGUCCAUUCAGAGUCAUGUUGUCCGAGGAUAUGUUGGAAAUAAGUCGGCAACAUUCCCUCUGCAGGUUCUGGGCUUUGAAGUGGACUCCAUCAACUCUGUGCAGUUCUCCAAUCACACAGGCUAUGCCCACUGGAAGGGUCAUGUAUUGAAAGCUGAUGAGCUCAAUGUGCUAUAUGAGGGCAUCAAGCUCAAUAAGGUGAACCACUAUGACUACAUCCUCACAGGGUACAGCAGGGACACGUCCUUCCUGAUGACCGUGGUAGACAUCAUUCAAGAGUUGAAGGUGGCCAAUCCCAGUUUGGUAUAUGUUUGUGACCCUGUAAUGGGAGACCAUGGUGCAAUGUAUGUCCCAGAGGAACUUCUGCCAGUCUACCGGGACAAAGUAGUGCCUUUGGCUGACAUCCUUACCCCCAACCAGUUUGAAGCAGAGCUAUUAACCGGGAGGAAAAUCCUCACAACAGAAGAUGCUCUUGAGGCGAUGAAGCAGCUUCACAAAAUGGGUCCAAAAACAGUGGUACUCACAAGUACUGACUUGCCUUCGACUCAAGGAGACCAGUACCUGGUGGCCCUCGGCAGCCAAAAAAUAGUAAAACCAGAUGGAACAAUUAGCAUUCAGAAGAUCUGCAUGGACAUCCCCAAAGUUGAUGCUGUGUUCGUGGGGACGGGGGACCUGUUUGCUGCCUUGUUGCUUGGCUGGACUCACCAUCACCCCAAAGAUCUGAAGGCUGCCUGUGAAAAGACUGUUUCGGUCAUGCACCACGUAAUUAAGCGGACCAUUACUUAUGCUAAUGAAAAAGCCGGCCCAGGGAAAAGACCCAGCCCCGCACAGCUGGAGCUGAGAAUGGUUCAGAGCAAAAGCGACAUAGAGAAUCCUGCCAUUGUUGUGGAAGCUAAAAUCUUACAAAAGUCCUAAUAUCGAGAAUGAAUCCCUGAAGAUGUUCAACUUGGAAUAGUCAUUACUCACAAUCUGUGGGGACACUCCAGAAUCACUGCCAUUGAUUCUCUACUAUGGCUUUUGUAAAUACCAUCUUCCUUUGCAUAAUUUUAAAUAAGAUAUUAGAGCUUAUUUUUAGAGAAAAUUUACUUGAUUACUACAUGUACUUUAAUAGUCCUUUUUAGAAACAACACAGUGACAAAACACACAUAAACAGUUGCAUGCUUGUCCAUGCCUCUGCAGUUAAAACUAAACUCAUCACUAAAGGUGUGUUGUUCACUUUGCAUUAAACCUUAAAAACUUGACAAAAUGGGUAUGAAGAAAUCCAGCGUUAUAACUAAAACGGUACCACUUAAUACAGAGUCAUUUAGUAAUUAUGUCAUUUCUUUGGGAGACACUUGUGAUUAUAACAAAUAUAUAAUGAAGGUGUAUAAUGUACUUAGAGUAAAUGUGAAUGAUGCCAGCUCAUGCAUUAAGUUUUGAGGCAUUGAGGUACAUGGACUGCAACGCUGUAUGAAAGUGUACAAACCUGGUGAAUUUUGUUCUUGCUCCAUAUACCUUUGUUACAAUUUAUUUCCCAGUGUUUUGUUUUAGGAUUGUAACCUUGCUGGUAAUAACGAUUAAUUUGUGUCAUAAACUCCAUCCCUUUUAUAAUGCACCCCUUUCAUUUUUUGUGAUGCUCUCUUGAAGUGGUACACAUGUAACAUACAGUGCUGCCAGAAAGUAUUCACACCCCUUCACAUUUUGCUGUUACAUACUUAUUCUAAAGCUGAUUUCAGUAUAGUUUUGUGUUAAAAAAAAUCAACAUAAAAUAUCUCAUAAUGACAAAGUAAAAACAUAUUUUCAGAAAUUUGUGUAAAUUUAUAAAAACAUGUAAACAUUCAAACAGAAUAAGUACCAUAAGUAUUCACGCCCUUUGCUAUGACACUCAAACUUAAGAUCACUUGUAUCUGAUUUCCAAUGAUCAUCCUUGAGAUGCUUUUACAAUUUGAAUGGAGUGCACCUGUGGUAAAUUCAGUUGAUUGAACAUCAUUUGGAAUGGCACACACAUGUCUAUAUCAGGUCUCAUAGUUGGCAGUGCAUAUCACAGUAGAAACAAAGCAAUGAAGUCUUAGGAAUUGUCUGCAGACCUCCGAGAUUGGAUUGUGUCAAGGCACAAAUCUGGGGAAGGAUACAAAAGAAGUUCAGCAGCAUUGAAGGUCCCGUAAAACACUAUGGUCUCAAUUAUUUGGAAAUGGAAAAAGUUUGGAACCACCAGGACCCUUCCUAGAUCUGGCCGUCCGACAAAGCUGAGUAACCGGGGGAAGAAGGGCCUCCCUUGUGGAGAUAGGAGAACCAUCCAGAAGGUCAACCAUUGCUAACGCACUCCACUAAUUAGCCCCCCUUGGAGUUUUCCAAAAGGCACCUCAAGGAUUCUCAGACCUGCAGAAACAAAAUUCUCUGGUCUGAUGAAACCAAAUAGAGCUUUUUGCUUUUUAGCCUGAAUUGCAAGCGUCAUAUCUGGAGAAGAAGAGGCGCUGCUCAUCACCUGGCUAACACCAUCCCUACUGUGAAGCAUGGUGGUGGCAGCAUUAUCCUGUGGGGCUGUUUUUGUGUUGCAGGAACUGGGCGACUAGUCCGCAUAGAGGGUAAGAUGACAGCUGCCAAACAUAGAGAAAUUAUUCAGAAGAACUUGCUGCCAGAGUGCUCUGGAACUCAGACUAGAGUGUCAAUUCACCUUCCAACAUGACAAUGACCCAACGCACACAGCCAAGAUAACAAAGGAGUGGCUUCAGGAGCAGCCUGUGAAUGUCCUUGAGUGGAACAGCCAGAGCCCGGAUUUGAAUCCAAUCAAACAUCUCUGGAAAGACCGAAAAAUGGCUGUUCACCGACACUUCCCAUCCAACCUGACUGACCUUGAGAGGAUCUGCAGAGAAGAAUGGGAGAAAAUGCCCCAAAAAAGGUGUGCCAAGCUCGGAGAGACAUACCCAAGAAGACUUGAGGCUGUGAUUGCUGCCAAAGGUGCUGCAAAAAAAUAUUAAGCCAAGGGUGUGAAUACUUAUGUACCUAUACAUUUACACAACUGUCUGAAAAUGUGUUUUACUUUGUCAUUGUUGGAUAUGUUAUGUAGAUUUUAUUUUAUUUGUAUUUUAUUUUUUUAAACAAAACUAUACUCAAAUCAUCUUUUGAAUAAGUCUGUAACAGCAAAAUGUGGAAAAUACUUUCUGGUGGCACUGUAUUUCAAUCCUGUUUUAAAAAAAUCAUAUUGGGGUAUUUGCACAGAUAAUCUUUAAUACAUAAUAUUUACUGUACAGACGAUCACCGUUUUGUUUAUUGCCAUAUCUCCACACCGGUCAGUAGCCUUUAAGCAGUUAGGAAACUAAACAGGUUGUGAAUGUUUUUUUGUGUACAACUGUACUAGUUUCUCCUCACAAAUAAUGUUUUAAGGCCAAAACAUUGAGCUGCUGCUCUCACAUAGAGCAAAUGAAAA